AUUAGAUUCUGCUUACUUCUUACAUCAUAAUAUCAUAACCUUCAAAAUCUUUGUGUGUGACAAAUAAACUUAAAAGAGAGAUUCAUAACUCAAUUUUAUUUUUCAUUUGCUCUCAUAGUUUGAACAAAUGGCAACUUCUAUGAUGAUAACUUUGCCUCAAUUCACUGGUCUUAGAUCACAACUCAAACCUUCUCCUAUCCAGGGUUUGGUUGCUGCCCAACCUAUGACAAAGCGCAAGGGAAAGGGUGCUUUGGGAGUUCGUUGUGACUUCAUUGGUUCAUCAACUAAUGUGAUUAUGGUGGCAUCUACAACCCUAAUGUUGUUUGCCGGAAGAUUUGGAUUGGCUCCAUCAGCAAACAGGAAAGCAACAGCAGGACUAAAGCUGGAGACAAGGGACUCAGGCUUGCAGACUGGUGACCCAGCUGGGUUCACUCUUGCUGAUACUUUGGCAUGUGGAACUGUUGGACACAUCAUUGGUGUUGGUGUUGUUCUUGGUCUUAAGAACAUUGGUGCAUUGUAAAAAAGAAAACUAUGUUGUGAACUUGUGUUCUAUCUGUAAUAAGUUUUAAUGUCAUUUUAUUUUUGCAUCCUUGAGACUUAACCUUUAUUCUUUCUUAA